AUAUUUUCUAUGAAUUAACAAAACUUCAGUCAAAUCACGUUUUUUAACUACUAGUUCACUUUUUCCUUGUAUGUAAUGUAUAUUUUUAAACAUCAAUUUAAGGAUUACGAAUAAACAUUUUGUGAAUUUAUACUAGUAAAAGUUGCCUAAUGACUACUGUUUGGUUAAUUUCAUUACAGCUUGGAGUAGUAGCUCAAUCAAAUACUUCCUGUGAUUUGAAUCAAAGUUUUCCUCCACCACCAACUCCUGAUUCAGAGCUAAGCAUGUCAUCUAAACAUUCACUGUUGAAUACACCAAUGGGAAGUAAUAGUAUAAUAACUGAAGCACCUGACUCAGUAUGUUGGUCAUUGGGAGAUGAUAAUAGCAACUUAUCCACACCGCAUGAUUCUCUUCAUGCAAUACAUAAUUUUGAAAUAAAUAUUGAUUUGGAUUUGGAUGGGAAUAAUGAUCAGGUGAAUUCCAACGGACGCACAGGAUCAACUAAUACUGAUGUACGACAUUCAACUAGUCCUAGAUCACGUGGUACUACAAAUUCUACUCAUGAUUUUACCAAUGGCAGUCCCCAGACACCAAUGAACGGUCCAUUUGGAAAACCAAAUCGUCGAUUGUUAAAUUUACAAGAGUACAAGAAACGUCAUGGAUUAAUUUAAUUCCUAAUUGAUAUGCAAAUAUUGGUAUUUUCCUUAUUCAAACAUACUAUCAUUUAUUGCUAUUUUUUCUAUAUGUGUAUGAUUAGUAGUCUUAUCACACCG